UCGCUUGAGCGUUGCCAGGGCUGGCGUAAAUUGGGCAAAUUCAUUUUUUAUUUGUCGAGUGGAAAAAAGCGGAAUGUAAAAUGCAAUUGCAUUACAAAGUAAAUUGAGCAAAAGCAGACAAAUAAACAAAUACAAGAAAGAGAGAGUGAGACCACAUAAAAAGCCGUCGAAACACUGGAGCCGGGAGAAGUGCUUAUGCUAAAUGUAUACGAAAGACAGUAGAGGGGAAGACGCAUGUGUUACGCUAAUCUCAGUCUUUAAUAUUGUACAAUUUUGCUACAAAUUGGCCAGCGAAAAGAAGAGUUUUUAUAAAAGGAUAUAUUCUGACCCUGGUAGUCAUGAGUUUCUCCAGUGACGAGGUGAACUUUCUGGUUUACCGAUAUCUACAGGAGUCUGGUUUUCUUCAUUCUGCCUACGUAUUUGGCAUUGAGUCGCACAUUUCGCAAAGCAACAUCAAUGGUGCUUUGGUUCCACCCGCAGCGCUGUUGACUAUUUUACAGAAGGGUCUGCUCUACACAGAAGUGGAGUGGAGUGUAGGCGAGGAUGGCGAAGUAGCCAGACCCAUAGAGGGGUUGUCCCUUAUUGAUGCUGUGAUGCCCGAAGUGAAGCCCGUCAAGCCAACAGUGAAAACAGAACCGGGCAAACCGUCCGUGGCCUCCAAUGCAAAUGCCACAAAUGCGGUGGAUGCAAAUUCCAAUGCAACCGGCAAUGCCCAGUCGGCAGGUAAUACCAAAACCGAGAUUAAAGUGGAACCAGGCACCGGUGCAGUGGGCUCAGGAACCAAUUCAACGGGAGCAACUGGAGCAGGAGCGACAGCUAAUAAGACUGCCUCUGGCAAUAACGGCAACAAUGCUGGAACGGGCGGCACUGUCACGCCCACAGAUACGUCGUCCUCUAACCCAAACAGCAACAUAAAUGAAGUGGACUCCAGCGGCAAUGCGGGCGGUGCAGGAGGUAAUGCCAAUAACCAAACAAGCGGCACAAAUAACACAGGAUCUGCGAUUGGAUCAAAUAACGGCUCUUCGUCCAACAAUGCUAGCGGAGAUUCUACUGGCUCGGCAGCAACAGCAACAGCACCCGGAGGCGGGCCUAAGAAAUCGGAGACUGGCACCACAAGUUCGACUGCCCCGACAACUGGUCAAACCGCAGCUAAUGCGUCAGGCACAGACGAUGCUACUUCAACCACAUCCACAAACGGCAACAGUAGCAAUUCCAGCACCGGCGUAGAUCAGACAACGGCAGGGGUCAAUGCCGCAAAUGCAACAGAACCAAAUGCCGGAGGGGCUGGAGCAGGUGGAGCUGCAGCUGGAGGAGCAGGAACUGUAGCGGCUAACGCACUACAGGCUGCCAAGGCAGCCACCGGGGUAGGAGCACCGUCUACAGGAGUUAGCACUACUAGAGUAACCACAUUAACUGGUGGCCAAACGGCCACAUCCACUGCAAAUUCAGCCACCGGUGGCAGCAUCUCAUCAUCCACUGGCAACGCCGGUGGAGGCACAGUCGGAGGACCAUCUAGCGCUGGCUCGGGCGUGGAAGCCAUGGACAUUGAUCAAAGCAUUGAAAUACCAGAAUCCAAAGCUCGCGUCCUGCGUGGGCACGAGAGCGAGGUAUUCAUUUGCGCCUGGAAUCCCAGUCGAGAUCUAUUGGCGAGUGGUUCCGGUGACAGUACGGCACGUAUUUGGGACAUGUCCGAUGCAAACACAAAUUCCAAUCAAUUGGUUCUAAGGCAUUGCAUUCAAAAGGGAGGAGCCGAAGUGCCCAGCAAUAAAGAUGUCACUUCGCUCGAUUGGAACUGCGAUGGUUCACUCUUGGCCACAGGCAGCUACGAUGGCUACGCCCGCAUCUGGAAUACCGACGGCCGGCUGGCCUCCACUCUGGGCCAGCAUAAGGGUCCGAUUUUUGCUCUGAAGUGGAACAAGUGCGGCAAUUAUAUACUUUCUGCUGGGGUGGAUAAGACCACCAUCAUUUGGGACGCCUCAACUGGCCAAUGUACCCAGCAAUUUGCUUUCCAUAGUGCUCCUGCCUUGGAUGUGGAUUGGCAGUCGAAUCAGGCAUUCGCUUCAUGCAGUACAGAUCAAAGGAUUCAUGUGUGUCGUUUGGGUGUCAAUGAACCGAUCAAAACGUUCCGGGGUCAUACAAAUGAAGUGAAUGCCAUCAAAUGGUGUCCACAGGGCCAACUGCUGGCAUCCUGUUCUGAUGAUAUGACACUAAAGAUAUGGAGCAUGAAUCGGAUUCACUGUUGUCACGACUUGCAGGCCCAUUCCAAGGAGAUCUACACGAUAAAGUGGUCACCUACCGGACCAGGAACAAAUAACCCGAAUACAAACUUAAUUCUAGCCUCUGCAUCAUUCGAUUCAACUGUGCGGCUGUGGGAUGUGGAGCGCGGCAGUUGCAUCCAUACAUUAACCAAGCACACUGAGCCGGUCUAUUCGGUGGCCUUCAGCCCCGAUGGCAAACACUUGGCUUCGGGCAGUUUCGAUAAAUGCGUGCACAUUUGGAGCACACAAACGGGACAAUUAGUGCAUAGCUACAAAGGCACUGGCGGCAUAUUCGAAGUGUGCUGGAACUCAAAGGGCACCAAAGUGGGUGCUAGUGCCUCCGAUGGCAGUGUCUUUGUCUUGGAUCUGCGGAAAUUCUGAUCCGGACAGCCGCAGCACCAACAGCAACACCAGCAGCAGAUCUUUAGUUUUAUAUACUAAAACGAAAGAGUCCUUAUACAAACAAACUGAAAGCCCUCCUUUCGCUUUCAUUUGAUGCUCCUGCAAAAAGCUAAUGGGACUUGGUCUUGGCUUUUUGCGUGGUUGCUUGAUUGAAUGAAUGAUAUGUUCGAUUUAAUUUAGGCCAUUAAAUUUAAAUGUUUCUUUACUCUUUUUUAUACAAAAAUGGUUUAGUAUAACUUUUCUAUAUGCAUUUUAUGUUAUUAUUAAUUGUAUCGUUCCGAUCCGAUUUGUCCCGGAUUCAAUUUUCACCCUUAAUAUUUUAUUACCUUAAGACCUUAAAAACUAUAAAUACACCUAUUCUAUCUCAAACGUUAAAUGUGUAAUUUUGCAAAUCAUAAGCACAGAGCCGAUUUACGCAUAAUAUAUAUACAUACAUUCAGAACAGUGUAACUGCAUCCCAACAACAAUAAAAUAGUCCCUAAAAUCAAUUAAAGUAAGCCUACAAUUACAUCUAAAACAAAAACCGCAUAUUGGCGAAACCAGCAAGAUUAAUUAAAAGCUAAUGAUUAUGAGAGGUUUA